AUCAGUUAUAUUGACACAUUUUAUAUUAUUAGUGCUACCAUAAUUUUAAGUUACUAAAUUGUACAAUUACGAUGGACAAGAACGAUAAAUUGCAGAUAUUGAAAAAUGCUAUAAAAAGUUAUCCUGACUUUCCCGAACCUGGAAUCAUUUUUCGAGACAUAUUUGGCGUAUUUAAUAAUAUCACAGCAUUACGAGCAAUGAAAGAUUUAAUUAUGGAGCAUAUUUUAUUUCUCGAAGUCGAUUUAGUUGUAGGAUUGGAUUCACGUGGCUUCCUCUUCGGUCCUAUAAUUUCUAUAGAAUUGGAUAAACCUUUUUUGCCCAUUAGAAAAAAGGGUAAACUUCCAGGCAAAGUCAUACAACAGAAGUAUACAUUAGAAUAUGGAGAAGCCACGUUUGAAUUACAAACAGAAUUUAUUAAUAAAGGAACUAGAGUGCUAAUUGUUGACGAUUUAUUGGCAACUGGAGGUACUAUGGCUGCAGCAGUGCAAUUAAUAAAAUCAACAGGUGCUGAUGUAAUUGAAUGUAUAGUAAUAAUGGAAUUAACUUUGUUGAAAGGUCGAGAUAAGGUCGGUGUUCCUGUUCAUUCUUUCAUUCAAUAUGAUCAUUAGCAAAUUAUAUAUAUAUAUUUGCAAGUAUAAAUAUUCGAAUAAUACAGAUAAUCAAUGUAAA